AUGCCUGACUUUUCUGGUCAGGUCCUUGCUAAGGGUCGCUUCCUUGUUCUUGAUUGUCUGGGUUCUGGUGCUUAUGGAAAGGUCUACCGUGCGCUCGACACCACUUCUCCUGAAGGCGACCCUACAUACUACGCUAUCAAGUGUCUUGACCGCCACGUCCCUGGUUCACAUCUUGACUUCCUUCAACAACGUGAGUUUGCUCUUCACAAGCUGGUCUCUGGACACCCAAACAUUGUCACCUUUCACGCGUGUUUCCGCGACGAUCUUUAUGUCUAUGUCGUACUGGAUCUUUGCACUGGAGGGGACCUCUUCACGGCUAUCACCGAGCAAGGCCUCUUUCAUAAUAACAGUGCGCUCAUCAAAACGGCAUUUUUGCAACUUCUUGAUGCCGUAGAACACAUUCACGAUCUUGGCGUUUUUCAUCGUGACAUCAAGCCAGAGAAUGUCCUCUUUUCAAAGGAUUCAAGCUUGAUUCGUCUUGCUGACUUUGGUCUUUCAAUUCGAAGUCCCGUUUGUGAAGAGUUUGGCUGUGGAAGUUCAUAUUAUAUGAGUCCAGAGUGCAUUGGAAGGGAUUCGGAAACUAGAUAUUCAACUCGCCACAACGACAUUUGGGCACUUGGCGUCAUUCUCACCAAUAUGAUCACUGGUCGGAACCCCUGGCGUUACGCGACCGCCGACGAUGACUGUUAUGCAGCUUUC